AUGUCUGAAACAGAAGAUUUUGGAACAUCCUUUGAAUUAACAGAAAAUGUCGUUUCUCCUCGUGGCAAUCAACUUAAAUUUCAACAGUCUGAUGUAUCAAGUUCACUCGGAGCGGCUCAGUUAAGAAUUAAGAAACCGCCGUAUCCUCUAAUAAUUCCUAGUACUCAACCCACUGGAAGUCGAAUAAAACUGAAUGCUCCCUCACGAACUACAAAAACUGCUCAAAAGCUGGUUUUACUUCCUGAGGAAACUGAAAUACCACCUGGUGAUCUUUCUGACUAUGCCGAAACCCCAGUCACUCCCUCAGGUCCACAUUUACCAGUUAGUUUUUAUGAUUCUACCGAUGCUGAGAGAAUGCCCAAGGAAAGUAGAGAGAUCAAAAAAUAUCCGAGGGCAACUGCUUAUUGUACGGCUGAAGGUUAUUAUCUUAAAAAAUUGAUGAAUUUUUUGAGUGAUGAACACAAUGUUCAACCAAUAGGUAGAAAUACAAAGAUUUCUUCUUCCACUGCAAUACAAUCGCCUAAUGGUCGUUCAUUUAUGGAGAGUCAGAUAGAAAAUUAUGAAAAUAAUGAAGAUAAUUCUUAUUUUGUAAUGUCUGAAAAUGAAGAUAGUUAUGAUAAUGUUGGAAUAAGUGAAUCUUUACCAAAACCUAUUCAGAAUACUCUUUCAAAUAUUGGUGAAGUUUUCUUUUUUGAUUAUGGUGUAGUUGUAUUUUGGAAUAUGACUGAAGAUCAAGAAAAAAUUAUUCUUGAUGAUAUUGCUAUGUCAAAAGUUUCUGUUCGUUCAUUAAAAGCUGAUGAUAUUGAGUGUGAGACUUUUCAUUUUCAAUAUGACCUUACUUCCACUAGACAACCUAGAAUUUUCAAUGAUAUGAUUACUUUGAAGUCUGAUAAUCAUAUGAUUAAAUUAACUAUCAGUCAUGCUAUGAGUCAGAGUACAAAAUUAACUUUUUAUGAAUGGCAAAUGGAAAGUACAAUCGCAAGAACAAAGCAUAUACCAAAAAUGUUGGCUCAAACUGGGUGUUUGAAUUUGGAUCGAACUCAAAUUACAAAAUUAAGCGGUGAAAUGUUUAAGUUACGAAUGAAUGUUAAUCUAGUGUCUAAUGUUUUAGAUACACCUGAAAUAUUCUGGUCAGAACCGUCUUUGGAACCACUAUAUAGCGCCAUCAGAGCAUAUCUUGAAAUUUCUCAACGUGCCAAUCUUCUUAAUGAUCGAUGUAAAGUCAUUAGUGAUUUGUUAGAUAUGUUGCGUGAAGAUGUUGCGUCAGUAGCUUAUAAACUCUCUUUUCAUACUCAACCCUCAUCAUCAAUAAUUUUGGUACACAAUACAUUACAAAUUCCAGCAUUAAUGGCGGCAACAAUUCACUUAACCACACAACAGCAAAAUUCUACACAUCCUCAGCAUGUCCAAUUGCAGUCUGCAAGAGGCCGUCCAGUUUCUACUCCUGUUCCAAUGAAUUAUCCUCGAUAUCCUGAAAUACCUCACCCUCCACCACAAGUAACUCAAAGCUCCGCACGAAGGGGCAAUAUGUUUGGCCCAUAUCUACUGUUACAAACUUUGGGCGAAGGUGAAUUCGGCAAAGUUAAACUUGGUAUGCAUGUGGACACUGGCGAAGAGGUUGCAAUCAAGCUCAUACGUAAAGAAUCGGUGGAUACCCCAUCUAGACUUACAAAAAUUGAAAGAGAAAUAGGAGUAUUACGGAGUGUAAUGCAUCCGAAUAUUGUAAAAUUAUAUGACGUGUUCGAAGCAGAUCGGUAUAUUGGCAUUAUUAUGGAAUACGCCUCAGGUGGUGAAUUAUUUGAUCAUAUAUUAGCACAUCGAUACCUCAAAGAACGAGAUGCUUGUCGAUUGUUUGCACAACUCAUUAGUGGAGUGAAUUAUUUGCAUCAAAAAAAUAUCGUACAUCGAGAUCUUAAACUAGAAAAUCUCUUACUAGAUCGUAAUAGAAAUAUUAUAAUUACCGAUUUUGGAUUUGCAAACCAAUUCAAUGGUGCUCAUGACGAUUUAAUGGCUACAUCUUGUGGUAGUCCUUGUUAUGCUGCACCAGAAUUGGUAAUCAGCGAAGGAUUAUAUGUUGGAAGUGCUGUGGAUAUCUGGAGUUGUGGUGUUAUUCUAUACGCCAUGUUAUCAGGAUAUCUUCCUUUCGAUGAUGACCCUUCAAACCCCGAUGGUGAUAAUAUCAACUUAUUGUACAAAUACAUUAUUAAUACUCCGUUGGUAUUUCCUGAAUAUGUAAGCCCUGAUGCUAGAGAUUUACUUAGAAAAAUGCUUGUUCCUGAUCCGGCAAAGAGAUGUGAUAUGAAGACUAUAAUGUCUCACAGAUGGUUGAUGCCAUAUUCAUCACUAUUUGAAUAUUCCACCCAAGAACUGGAGGAGGCUGCAACUCAGAUGAAUUCAUUAGCAUCACAAGAUGCGUAUAUCCCAUCCGGAGUUUCAAUUUCAACCAAUUUCUUAAGCGCUGAUUAUGUUGUGGAACAACCUAGUAGUGAUGCUUCCGGUAAUAUUACCGUUAAACGUCAUACCAUCCAAGUAGAAUAUGAUUACCCUGAUAAUAAUGCUGAAGGAUACGCCGACUAUCCUGAUGAAGAUUUCCAAUUUGUCGAUGGAACUCGUCUUGGCUCGACUAUUGUACCUGUAGCAACAUCAGAUAUGAUAUUAGCUGAAGAACAGGAAGAGAUAUUAGCAAAUGAUUAUGACACUUCCAAAAAUGAUGCAUCACAAAAUCUUUUGACGGCUACUCCAUAUUCUAAAUCUGAGAAACAUUUUAGUAUAGCAUCAAAUGGAUCUGGUAAUUCGGAUAAAAGUAGUGGACCAGGAAGUACUCCACCAGGAACUCCAUCAACAACAACAACAAAAAAUUCUGCAAAUGCUGGAACUGGCUUGUUCACUUUGUUUGAAAGUGAUUCCAAUAGUAUAAAUAAAUUCAAAGAUAAAACUCCACAAAUUAAUAAUGUAAAUAGUAAUCUUGUUCUACCACCUCCAAAUGACAAUUUCCAACCAGAUUUACAAAAGAGCACAUCUCAAACACCCAAAAAGAGGGAUGCACCACGCACUAGGCCCGUAACUGUACAUGGUCCUCCAUCGGGGUCUCAAGACUUUUUAUCAAUGGUACCAGGGUAUAAACCAACUUCUACAAAUACAUCUUUGAGCGUCACGGCUUCAUCACAACAUAAUAAUGAUAAUUCACUACAACCAAAACUUCCUCCCUCAACUACACCGCCUACUAUGCCUUUACCUGCUAUUCCGGAUCGUCAGGAUUCAUUAUCACCUGUAAACCAAAAGAGACACAAAAAGGCUUCUUCAUCUGAAAGAGUUAAUCAUUAUACAGGAAAUAAUAAAUUACCAAUAGAAAAGGAUUCUUCGAUUACAAAUAAAAUUAACAAUUCUGAUUCAACUAGCCUUAUGGAUGAUGGUAGUGAUUCUAGGAGUAAGAUAGGUGGCAAAAGGAAAGCUUUGAGUCUUAUGGUUGAAACAUUUAAAGGACCGAAUAGUCAUUCUGCGCAUAGCGUUGUUUCAAGCAAUAAUACAUCAACAAAAGAUAAGAGAAAAACUCUUGGUAGUGGUAUUUCUUCUAGUAGUUCGAGCGCUGCUAAGAAAGUUAUGGAUUGGUUUAGAAGAAAAUCUUUGGCAAAGGAUCCUACAACUGCGCCGCUUAUUCCUACAGGAACGACAAAUGGCGGCGUUUCCGCCAAUCGUACCAAGAGCAAAACCAAGAGACAAAAAAAUAAUCCCGCAUUGGUUGUCACACAACCUAAUAGUAGUGCAAAUUCUCCUUCGUCAUCACGCCAAUCCACAAUGACUUCAGUUUCUAAUGUGGACACUAAACUUCGUAUACAUCAUGGUGUUGUCGAUAAUCUAGCUUUGACUGAACGACCUCCAUAUGAAAUUUUCAUAGUGAUUAAACAAGCCCUAGUUAGUAUGGGUAUAGAAAUAAAACGCGAAGGAGAAUUCAAAGUUAGAUGCGUGAGGCGCAAGAGAAAGGUUGAUAACAAAUCUUCUGCUAAAGAUAAGUCUCUAAAAACUCUAAAAAACAAGGACACUUUAACGUCGGAAGCUUCUGAAAAUGUAUUAGAUAUUGAAAAGAAACGCAGAAAAUAUUCUAGUGGACCAUUUAAAACAUUGUUGCGCCGUACAAGUUCAAACAAUACCAGUCAAUUAUUAUCUACAUCAUUAUCAAUCAAUCAUAAAUCAAAUAGAUCAGACGAGUCGGCACCUGCUUCUGCACCAACUAGUCCGACAAUAGGUCCGAUUAUGACACUUACGGGUCCAACAGAUGGUCCUACCUCAACCUUAGUUCCAGAAGUAUUAUAUGGUGAUCCAACGACAGAUUCAGGUGAUGAAAUAAGAUUUGUGGUAGAAUUAUGUCGCAUUAAGAACCUUCCUGGAUUAUACAUUGUGGAUAUCAAAAGAAUGAAGGGUAAUCUUUGGGCAUACAAAUUUUUGUAUCAUACGCUUCUCGAUAAAUUGGACUUAAAGGGCAAAGGAGGCUACUUAACUAUUGGAACAAGUGGUGGAAUAAUUCCAUGA